AGCCGGUUCGCGUCCCAGGCAGAGAUCUGUACUUGGAUCUCCAGUCGGGAGGGUCGAGGGCAGGUCUUCUACCGUGGUUUGCUGCUGCCUGUCAGGGCAGCAGAACUGGGACGUCACCGCGCUGCAGCCUUCAGCUCUGGAUUGGAUCCUGAGCUGGAACAGAUGCAUCCUUUGACAGAUGCUCUCGCCUUGCACUAGGGAAAGAAGCCCGGGGAUGAAAAGAAGCCCGGGGAUGAAAUAUUUUGGGGUUAUAUCUCUUCGCUCUGGAAGCCGUCCAGUUCGUUCCAGAAACACCGAUCGUCUGCUGCUUUGACAGACCCUCAGUGAAAGUCUGAUGGGCAGACACUUUCCGUUGACCUUGUGGCUGUUGUCUCUCAUGUGGAAGCUGAAGACAAGGUGAAAGGGCCGAGUUACCUGCUUUGGCGAAUAGGUGUGCUCCGCUUGGUUCUUGGAACAUGGGCCCUCGUUUAAAGACCCUUUUGGGAGCAGCUUAAUCCAUAUAAUUGCUAAUGUUCCCUGCGUGGGUUUCAUUUCUGGAAGGACUUUAGCCUAAACAGAGAUUUCUAUGAAAUUUGACACAGCCAUUCCUCAAACUGCCUGUUCUCUGUGGAUUCUGUUCACUGCAGCUGUGAUCCUCGACUAUCUGUUGGCAUUGAAGGGACCUGAUGUUUUACGUUAUUGGUGGGAUCACAGUAUCUGUGGUUGCAUUCUUCUUCACAAUUAAGUUCCUCUUUGAGCUCGCCGCACGUGUAGUCAGCUUCCUCCAGAAUGAGGACCGUGAGCGCCGAGGGGACCGGACCAUUUAUGACUAUGUGCGGGGAAAUUACCUGGAUCCCCGGUCUUGCAAAGUCUCCUGGGACUGGAAGGACCCCUAUGAGGUGGGCCACAGCAUGGCCUUCCGAGUGCAUUUGUUCUACAAGAAUGGCCAGCCUUUCCCUGCACACCGGCCCGUGGGACUGAGAGUUCACAUCUCUCAUGUUGAGCUAGCAGUGGAAAUUCCCGUGACCCAGGAGGUCCUCCAGGAGCCCAGUUCCAACGUGGUCAAGGUGGCCUUCACGGUGCGCAAGGCUGGGCGAUACGAGAUCUCGGUGAAGCUUGGUGGCUUAAAUGUGGCCUACAGUCCCUACUACAAGAUUUUUCAGCCCGGAACGGUGGUUCCCUCCAAGACCAAAAUCGUGUGCCACUUUUCUACCCUUGUGCUGACCUGUGGGGAGCCACACACUCUUCAAAUAGUGCCGCGAGAUGAGUAUGACAACCCAACCAACAACUCCACGUCCCUGAGAGAUGAGCACAAUUACAGCGUCUCCAUCCAUGAGCUCGGUCCCCAGGAGGAAGAGCACACUGGCGUCUCAUUUGAGAAAUCAGUGACAUCCAACAAGCAAACCUGCCAGGUGUUCUUACGACUCACCCUGCAUUCCCGCGGCUGCUUCCGUGCCUGCAUUUCCUAUCAAAAUCAGCCAAUCAAUAACGGUGAAUUUGACAUUAUUGUCUUAAGUGAGAAUGAGAAGAAUAUUGUUGAACGCAACGUGUCCACCUCGGGAGUGAGCAUUUACUUCGAGGCGUAUCUUUACAAUUCCGCCAACUGUGCCAGCACGCCGUGGCACCUGCCGCCCAUGCACGUGAGCUCUUCUCAGCGCCGGCCUUCUACGGCCGUGGAGGAGGAAGAUGAAGAUUCGCCUUCCGAAUGCCUCACCCCCGAGAAGGUGAAGAAACCGAAGAAGGUGUACUGCUACGUGUCACCCAAGCAGUUCUCGGUGAAGGAGUUCUACCUGAAGAUCAUCCCCUGGCGCCUGUACACCUUCCGCGUGUGCCCAGGGACCAAAUUUUCAUACCUUGGCCCCGACCCUGUCCAUAAGCUCCUCACACUGGUGGUGGAUGAUGGCAUUCAGCCUCCUGUGGAGCUCAGCUGUAAGGAGAGGAACAUCCUAGCAGCCACUUUCAUCCGCUCCCUCCACAAGAACAUAGGAGGCUCUGAGACCUUUCAGGACAAGGUGAACUUUUUCCAGCGGGAACUUCGGCAGGUACAUAUGAAAAGACCACAUUCAAAGGUCACCCUGAAGGUCAGCAGACAUGCCUUGUUGGAAUCGUCUCUGAAAGCCACUCGGAAUUUUUCCAUCUCCGAUUGGAGCAAGAACUUUGAAGUGGUUUUCCAGGAUGAAGAAGCUCUGGACUGGGGAGGGCCUCGCCGUGAAUGGUUUGAGUUAAUCUGCAAAGCGCUGUUUGAUACCACCAGUCAGCUCUUCACCCGGUUCAGUGACAACAACCAAGCAUUAGUGCACCCCAACCCUAACCGCCCCGCUCACCUGCGCUUGAAGAUGUACGAGUUUGCGGGGCGGCUCGUGGGCAAGUGUCUCUAUGAGUCCUCUCUAGGGGGAGCCUACAAGCAGCUGGUCCGUGCUCGCUUCACCCGUUCUUUUCUGGCCCAGAUCAUAGGACUGCGUAUGCAUUACAAGUACUUUGAAACAGAUGACCCAGAAUUCUACAAAUCUAAAGUUUGUUUCAUCCUCAACAAUGACAUGAGUGAGAUGGAGCUGGUCUUUGCAGAAGAGAAGUAUAACAAAUCAGGCCAACUGGAAAAGGUUGUGGAACUCAUGACGGGCGGAGCUCAAACCCCAGUCACCAAUGCGAAUAAAAUCUUCUAUCUAAAUUUGCUGGCCCAGUACCGGCUGGCCAGCCAGGUGAAAGAGGAGGUGGAGCACUUCCUAAAAGGCCUGAAUGAGUUGGUCCCUGAGAACCUUUUGGCUAUUUUUGAUGAAAAUGAGCUCGAGCUGCUGAUGUGUGGGACCGGGGAUAUCAGUGUGACGGACUUCAAAGCUCAUGCAGUGGUCGUUGGUGGCUCAUGGCAUUUCAGGGAAAAGGUCAUGAGGUGGUUCUGGACCGUGGUUUCCAGUCUGACCCAGGAGGAGUUGGCUCGGCUGCUUCAGUUCACGACGGGCUCCUCUCAGCUACCGCCUGGCGGCUUUGCCGCCCUCUGUCCCUCCUUCCAGAUUAUCGCUGCGCCGACCCACAGCACGCUGCCGACUGCACACACGUGUUUCAACCAGCUGUGCCUCCCUACGUAUGACUCGUAUGAAGAGGUGCACAGGAUGCUGCAGCUGGCCAUCAGCGAGGGCUGCGAGGGCUUUGGCAUGCUCUGACCACCUCCUGCGUUCCUCUCGGCUCUCAUACUUUCCGGAGCACCUGGGUGCACGCAGCGGACAUCACAGCCGCGGAUGCCAACACAACACAUAACCAUCAGCCGGAAGCUGCUGCAUGCUGCCCAGCGUCUGGAGUAUUUGGUCACCUACAAGCCUUGUCCUUCCCUUGCCCCCUCCCUGCCCACCCCCCUGCACAGGCCACUCUGGCACGGUACGCAACCUGAGCUACUUGUUCAGUCACGAGAAGAGGACCACGCUGCUGUAAUUUCUCUUGGUUCUCCGAUCUCAGUAGCAGGAGCUGCCUCAUUAGCUGAAGGAGAUUGCAAAAAAGGACUCAGCUCUCGUUGGGAAGCUGGUGUCCUCACCUUGUCAGCCUCCUCUGCUAUGCUCCUUCGAGGUCCCCUCUGUGGCCCUCACUACUUGACCUGAGGUCUGCGAGUCCUUCGAGGGCAGGGUUGUGCCUGUCCUCAUCAGGAGCCGGGAGCAGCGCAGACAGGAAGUGGCGCAUACGCGCAGUCUUUGGCCUUGUCCCUCCGCACAGCAGCAGGCGCUGGUGGUGCUGCUGGACUACCUCUGGGGGGACUGGGAGCACAAAAGGGUGUUUCUUGUGGUGUCCGAACUGGAAAAGGAGCUUCCCUGCAGGCUUUUCUGGAAACGGUCAUUAACUCUCUGUCUAAGCUUUUUCUUGAGUUUGAGCCCGUGAAAAAAACAGCCCUAAGCCUGUGAAAGAUAGCUGGGCUGCAGCCGCCACUGCUGAAUGUGAUUCUCCUUCAAGGUUUGGGGCCCGUCCAGGCAUAUGGCUGCCUUGAAGACUGCUGAUGCUUGUCCCUGAGUUCUUGACAUUGAGGUGCAGCUGGGCCUGGCCACCUACCUCCGAGUCAUGCAGAGCUUUCUUCUGAAGAAAAUUUUGGAGCAAGGGACUGGGACUGUAAGAAUAGCAUCCCACGAUCCCUGCUUCUGUCUUUGCUGGUGUUCUCUGUGAACACUUGGCAGCACUGAGGCAAGGGAAAGGGACCAGUAGUUUAAGUGCUUGUCACAGGUCCUUGGGGUCGGGACACUGGGAACACAGGUAGAGGAGAUACGUUGGGCAGUAAACCCCUGGCCAUCCUGGUUGCAUCCCUUCCUCCGUCAGUACCAGCACGGGGAACUAAGGAGGGAGGAAGGGAUAUUGGGGUCACUGUACAUGGGGAUUAAAGAGAACCUGCUGCUGCCUCUUGGAUGAUGGCAACCUCCUUCUUCACCAUGAUUUGAAUGAAAGCAUUUUCAAGACUCCCAAUCUCAUCAACUUCCCCAAAUUUCUUUUGUUAAGAAGGCUUUGCUGCAAGCUACCCUUCUCAAUGGGACAUUCAACUCAGAAUAUUACAAGCCAUCUCUAUCGCCAAAACCAGCAAGUACGGAGCCCAGAGAGGAGGCGGGACUUGCGGCGAUGCCUUGGCCUCCUGGAAGCGAGUCUGAGCCCUCCUGUUCCCAGGGACCGCGGGGAACAGGCCUUCCCGAGCUGCUGCUGUUCCUGCCCGACCUCACUCCCUUGCAGUUAUCAUUUGUCCUUCUUGGUGUGGGUGCUGACCUCAUUUUGGGGGUCCAGGAUCCAGCAUCAGGGCCUCUACGCAGGGUCCUUCAUGCCACACGGUCACCGCUCUCCUCAGGGACCAGGACAAGGUGCUGCUGCUUGCCCCAGUGUUUUCCCAGGGGCUGUGUUCAGGCGGGCUGUGCCACACCCUGGGAAACCGACGCUGCCCCUCGGGCCCAGAGGGGCGUUUCCAGCUGGGGGUGUGUGCGCUCCUCCUGCUGUCUCUGGCUGUUGUUCCUCCUCUGGACUCUGCGUUCUCCCCUCCAGCAGCCCCCCCGCAGACUGACGCUGGAGCUGGAUUUGACUUCCUUGAUUAGACCUGUCCUUUUAAGCUCUGGUCCUAGCCCUUUUCAAAGCAGCCUGGGCACCACCGCCACCCAGCAGGGGCAGCUGCGUCCCUGUGGUGGUCCUCGGCCCCAGGGUUUUUGUUUAAGAAGCCCUUCAGUACUGUUGUGGUUUUCUGUUCUCCCAGUUUACUCUCCUAACUGUUCAGAUGUGUAUCUGCUCUCUUGGGCCUUUUCCUUUUUUUUUUCCCCCUCCCUAAUCUUGCCUUGGUACUAGCCAGUGUGGGGGGAAAGGAACAGUAUGUUGGAGAGAAGGAACAGUGUCUGUCACCUUUUGGGCAAUUUUGUAUUCACGUUUCUUAUUCUGGUCAGUUCUUUUAUUUAUGCCCUUGUGGCCCAGGUACUUCCGGGGUCAGCUAACCUCUGGCAUUUCAGUGUCUUUGAAGGAAACCAGACACCAAGUGACCCCAAGUGACCCCGAGGAGAGUGUCCGCGUGUCCCUAGAGCUGCAGCAGAGACCAAGCCCUGCUGCCAGUCUGUCAGGCCAGGCAAAAGGGCCAGACAGUUGCAGUGACAGUGUAAAUAUUUUGUACAGUAAAUAAAUGUUUGAAAGGA